AUGUUUCAUCGUGUCAAACAUCUAUUUCAUCUUCUUGUCAGUCUAUUUUUUACAUCGUUAAAAAUAAAUAUAGCGUUAUCGCUAGCAAUUCAACAGAAAAUUAAUGAUGAAUUUACAGAUCUUAUCUCUAUACCAGUGCCAUUUAAUCUUCAUCAGUAUGCUCUCCCUGAAAUAGAUAUUCUUGAAUUGACACAAUAUUAUUUUAAAAAGAAUAAUCUCAAUCUUCAAGCAACUAAUUGUUUACGAUCAUUGGUUAAUAAAAUUCCAGAAUCAACAACAUAUCAUGAUGAACCUGAUACUGUGUUUUACUUUUUACAAGAUAAUUUAGUAAUCAAUAUGCUAGAAUAA